AUGAACGAAAUAUCCACUCUGCUGGAUCAGCUUCGAGACGGAACUGAGAUUCUGCCUUCACAACCAUGGCCAACAAACCAAAUUGCCGUGGGACCACCUGCUCCCACCACCACCGCCAUCACCACUCAGGAUCUUCCCGUUGACCCCACUGUCGCCAUCGAUGUCAUUUCAAUCAUUCAAAUGCCUGCGACAGACGACCAGGCUGUUCAGACUACCACCUGUUCGCCGAAUUACAGAGGCAAUCCCUACGCACAAAGCAAUCAGUCAGCUGCAAUUAGCGAUGAUGAUAACUGUGCAGUAUUCAUCGAUGGUAUGACACCAUUGCUCAGUUUUGAGCGACUCUUCGCGUCACUACUUGGCGUAGGCAGAAUCUACGCGUGCGUCAUACAUGCACCUAGAGGUGAACAUGGGACCAGUGCAGUUUCUAUUACGGGCUGGGACCGAUUGACCGCCGAGGCUAUUAUAGCAACCGUGACAGCAGGCCAUCUCAAUCUUGAUGGAUUUACCCCCGGUAUUCGCAUGAAUCGUACUCGUGUCGCCGCACAGUCGAACCAGAAUGGUUCUAGAGCAAUCAUGAUCUCUGGCCCACCGUGUCUUCUCCACCGCGAAGCCCUUGAGGCAUUCUUCGCACAAUAUUUCUAUUAUCAACUAGAUCGUGUUGUAGUUCAUGUCCUUACUGAAUACCACGCUAUCAUUGAGAUCAUAUUUGCCAGUUAUCGUAACCAAGCACAAGCUGCACACCGCACCUUACGUCAGAACCAUCCGAGGCGCAACGAAAUCCGGGUAUAGUAUGCCCAGGACCCGUGCGCUAUCUAGAGAAUUGCCUACUUCAUUAUACAGGUUGGAAAUCUCCUUGGUUUUGGCAAUAAUAUUUUCGCUAAUACUUGGAUUAGCUUAUAU